AUGUUCCUGUCCCUCAGAUGGCUCACAGCCCUGUUCCUGUUCCUGCUCAUGAGUGCUGGAGGGGCAGCUCCGGUGGAAGACCCAGAGGAUGAGCUUCUGGACUUGGACAUAGACGAAGACCUGGACCUCAACUUCUAUGACGCUUUUGACUAUGAUGAUCUGGACCAAGAGAUAGAUGCUCCUACUCUAGAGGCCACUGCAGAGCCUGAGGUAGAUGAAGAAGAAGAGCACCACUCCCACGAGCAGACUCCACAAACCAGCACACUCCCUGCAUCCAACAGCCUGGACUUCAAAACUCUGGAACUGUUUGGCCCUAACACUGGCCUGGGAAUGCCCACUUGUCUGCUGUGCGUGUGCCUUGGUGGGAGCGUGUAUUGUGACGACUCUGAUUUGGAGGAUAUUCCACCUCUUCCGAAAGACACCACUCACUUCUACGGGCGCUUCAACAAAAUUGAACACAUCAAGAGCACAACAUUCAUGAAUCUCAAUAAACUCCAGUCCAUAGACCUUACGGGGAAUGACAUCUCAGAGAUUGAUGAGGCUGCGUUUAGACCCUUGCCACUUCUGCAGCAGCUGAUCUUGGCAGAUAACGACGUGAAGAUGUUGCCCGAACUUCCCAAUAGUAUGAGGCUCAUCGACCUAUGCAACAACAAACUGAAGAGCUCAGGAAUGCACAUAGAAGUAUUCCAGGAAAUGAGUGAUCUGGAGUACCUGUACCUGUCUGAUAAUGACUUGGACUACGUUCCCACACCUUUGCCUCUAAGUCUUCGAGUGUUGCACCUCCAGAACAACAAUAUCCAGUCUCUUCAUGUGGACACAUUUUGCAACAGUCACAACCCCACAUUCAUUCGUCCAAACCUGGAGGACAUCCGUCUUGAUGGGAAUCCCCUGAACACCCACCUGUUUGCUGCAGCGUACUCCUGCCUGUCCCGCCUGCCUGUGGGCUCACACUGA